AUGGCUGACCCAUCGGAUAAACUUUCCUCAGCCACCCAAUCAGACAGCCCACAGACUUCUCCAUCGGAUAAUCUAUCAGCCACUAGUGUCAGCAAUUCAACUAACUCCACUUCCGUCUUCGAUGAAGCGGUAGAACAAUUCAUAAGGUUAUAUGAUGGGCCAGAGGUGAAAAUAAAGUUUGAUGAGAUUGACGAAUACUUUAUGCAUCGCAAGAUUAAGGAGAUCAUCGAUACAAUUCCCCAAUUAAGGAUGGGUAAUCUGAGAGAAUGGUACAAUAUGACCUCCUGGAUUCUAAGAGAAGAUCCGAUAUUCAGGUGUCUGACUUGCCCUCAUGAAAUUGAAUAUGAAGAUGAAUUUCAAUACGAUUUGUGUCAUCGGCUAAGUAAAUUAUUCUGUAAUUCUUUGAGAAUAAAGGCAGAAGAGGAAGAGGUGAUCGACAUGUUGCGGGGUAGGGAUGCUAGAUGGAUUCUCAAACACAUUAAGAGUAGAGUGGAGAUGUUGGAACGGGAGAAAAGGGCCGAGAGAUUUGACAGAUCCAUGAUUGGUACGAGGUCAUUAAGUGUCUCCAAACAAGAAUCGAUUAAAGAUCUGUUUGAGAAAACACACACCGAAGGCAAAAAUUUGGUGUAUGCAGAUGUAUAUGGCUUAAUAGCAUCUAGUGUGAUCGGCGUAAUUUUUGAAUAUAAAAUGAAGGAUGGUAACUUACCAUAUGCCACGGAGAGAUUUAAGUAUCUAUUGCUCAAAAAGAUCGAAGCUGAGAAACUAAUCGAUGACGGAAAGGCACUACUAAAUCCUAAAUAUUACUUAGAUCUGCUAUUUGAAUUCACCUACGAUAAUGUAAACUUUGCCUCCAAUAAUCCCAAAGUAUUCCAUGACACUGGUCGAUCUGGUGCACCAAUCUCUUCUCCUAAUAAGAAGACCCCAAUGAAGUUAUCUCCAGGUGAAGAAAGAAAAAGGGAAUUCCAUCUAGACCCUGAAAUCUUUGCUAGACUGAGAGACCAAUGUAAAGAUUUACCCUCUAAGAGAAAUCAAUUCCUAGUGGAUGUCGAGUUAAAGGGGAAGUUUAGCAUAGGAGAGAUAGCAGCAAUAUACAAAGGAGCUAAGUUCUGUAUAUUUUGUAGGAAGCAUCGUAUAAAUGUUUACCAACAUAAAUGUGGGGAAUAG